CCUCUUCACUGGGACAGUCGAUGUCGCGCCUUUGUUGUCAUCAUUUUUGGAAUUGCGGAGAUUGUUGACAGAAUCAUCUGCAUGCGGCACCUAGUGAAGUUGUGAUGAGUGAACUGGAGCUUAACUGAAGUGUUUAGGAUGACAGGGCAGGUGGCUGAAAGAGAUCGUUCCCCCCAUAACCUGUCAGUGAAGACCACGUUGGAGGAGGAGAUAGAGAGAGCUGAAAGCAUUCUCAGCAGGGUUCCAUCAGUGUGUGAUGACACGUCUUCCGAGCUACAGCGGGUCGCGGCUUUGGAUUCUCGAGGUGGAAAUUCCAGAAACUCUUUCCAGAGAAUCGGAGCCAUCUCAAGGCUUGUGAGCCUGGUGGUGAGGUUGAGAGACUGGGCUCACAGGAGUCUGGUCGAGGAGGAGGAGAGACCCGAUUCCUUCCUGGAGCGCUUUCGUGGCCCUGAGUUGAGAACAGCCCCCAGCCGCAGCAGCAACGCGCAGCCGGACACUAAUGGCAACAAUGCCAAAGGGAUCUUCAGAAAAAAGUGGGAGCUUUUCGUUGUGUCGCCAUCUGAUGACUCGUACUACCGUUGGCUGUUCAUGAUUGCCACUGCAGUGCUGUACAACUGGUUCCUUGUGGUUGCAAGGGCUUGUUUUGACAGGUUGCAGGUGGGAAACUAUGUCUGCUGGCUGGUGCUCGACUACCUCUGUGACAUGGUCUAUGUCAUGGACACCUGUGUCCGUCUAAGAACAGGUUUCCUGGACCAGGGUCUGCUGGUGAAGGACCACGCCAAGCUCAGAGACUGCUACGUCCGCACACUACAGUUCAAGUUGGAUUUGAUCUCCAUCCUGCCCACAGACCUCGGUUACAUUUCCCUGGGCAUCCACACACCCCAGCUCAGGUUCAACCGUCUUCUUCGCUUCCCACGAAUGUUUGAGUUCUUCGACCGCACAGAGACACGGACCAACUACCCCAACAUCUUCAGGAUCUGUAACUUGGUGCUCUACAUCCUGAUCAUCAUCCACUGGAACGCUUGCAUCUACUACGCAAUAUCCAAGUCCCUCGGCCUCGGCUCGGACACUUGGGUGUUCCCGAACAUCACCAAACCCGAGUUCGCCUCCCUCACCCGGAGCUACGUUUACUGCCUGUACUGGUCCACUCUGACCCUGACCACGAUCGGCGAGAUGCCAGCCCCCGUCCGUGAUGAAGAGUACCUUUUUGUGGUCUUUGACUUUCUAGUAGGGGUUUUGAUCUUUGCCACAAUUGUUGGGAACGUCGGGUCCAUGAUUGCCAACAUGAACGCGACCCGCGCCGAGUUUCAAGCUCGGAUUGAUGCCAUCAAACACUACAUGCACUUUCGCAAGGUCAGCAAGAACCUGGAGACACGAGUCAUCAAAUGGUUCGACUACCUUUGGACCAACAAGAAGGCAGUGGACGAGCAAGAAGUGCUGAAGAACCUGCCAAACAAACUGCGGGCUGAGAUCGCAAUAAACGUGCAUCUGGAAACCUUAAAGAAGGUCCGCAUUUUCCAAGACUGUGAGGCGGGGCUGCUGGUGGAGCUGGUGCUGAAGCUGCGGCCCCAGGUCUUCAGCCCGGGUGACUACAUCUGCAAGAAGGGCGACAUUGGGAAGGAGAUGUACAUCAUUAAGGAGGGUAAGCUGGCGGUGGUGGCCGACGAUGGUUGCACACAGUAUGCUCUGCUCACUGCAGGCAGCUGCUUUGGAGAAAUCAGCAUACUGAACAUUAAGGGUAGUAAGAUGGGGAAUCGCCGGACCGCUAACAUCCGCAGCCUGGGCUACUCAGACCUCUUCUGUCUCUCCAAGGACGACUUGAUGGAGGCGGUGACUGAGUAUCCGGAUGCCAAGACUGUGCUAGAGGAGAGGGGCAGGGAGAUCCUGAUGAUGGAGGGUCUCCUGGAUGAGAAUGAGGAGAGUGGCGGCCUACAAAAAGAGGACACUGAGGAGAAAGUGGAGAGGCUGGAGUCUUCCCUGGACACUCUCCAGAGUCGCUUUUCUCGCCUUCUCAACGAGUACACGCACACUCAGCUGCGGCUGAAGCAGCGCAUCACGCUGCUGGAGCGCCAGAUGAACCAGACGGACUGUGGCGCGGACGCACGCGAUGAUGGAGAUGCAGAUGCAGCAGCUGGCGCUGGGCUCAGACUGGCUGCCAGCGCAAGUGGUUCUCCUUACAGGACCGUGCAGCUGGACCUUCCAAAAAGUCCGACAUUGAGUCAUUCACCUGCACGCUGA